AUGGAUGUGAUCCAGAAUGUAUUUUCAGGAAACAUAAUAUCAUAUGCAGUUGUAGCAGUUGCAUUAGCUUUUUUUCGUAAAUCUCAGCCUAGGAUAAAUAAUGAACUUGAAAGAACAGUCCUAGCAUUAAAUAAUGAAAUUCAAAGAAUGCGCACUGAAAUUAAAUGGAAGAAUAAUGCAAUAUUACAAGUAGGAUCAAACUGA